AUGAAGUCUGAGAUAGAAGAGUCCUACAAGGACUUGAAAGUGGCCCCUUACGACUCCACUCUCGAGUCAUCCACGCCAGCCGUCUCCACCACCCUCAUUCCACCCACGAAACGUCGUCUGUUCUACACCUUCAUCGUCAACAAAGACAUUGGCUAUCUCAACCUGAUCUCCCACCUCAUCGCUUCCUUCCUCACCAUCUGCCUUGUCGCUUACCUCUCCAUUGUCCAGCUCUUCGUCCCCACCGUCCUCCUCGGCGUCAAUGGGUAUAUCGGCGACCUCACUGGCUCCCUUGCCCUCUAUGACGAAAUCCUCGCGCUCCCAGCAACAAUCAUCUGA